CCCCGAAGCAGCAGGCAGUGUGCCUCCAUUCAGCCACAUUUGGUAUGCAUGAGCACGGCUGCAGAGAGAAGGGAGGUGGCUUUCUUAAGAAGGUUCAGGGGCUCAGGCAACGCCACUUGACUAGUCUUCCAAGUUCCAGGAAGCCUCUGUCCUAAUGGAAUCUGCAGGCGUGGAGAUGACCAUGGGAUGCCAGAGCCGUGGGGGACCGUUUAUUUUCUAGGCAUUGCUCAGGUUUGCAGUUUCUGGUUUUCCCGGUGGAAUUUGGAAGGGGUCAUGAAUCAAACUGAUGCUCCUCGACCCCUAAACUGGACCAUCCGGAAGCUAUGCCACGCAGCCUUUCUCCCAUCUGUCAGACUUCUUAAGGCUCAGAAGUCCUGGAUAGAAAGAGCAUUUUAUAAGAGAGAAUGUGUUCACAUCAUACCCAGCACCAAAGACCCCCAUAGGUGUUGCUGUGGGCGUCUAAUAGGCCAGCAUGUUGGCCUCACUCCCAGUAUCUCUGUACUUCAGAAUGAGAAAAAUGAAAGUCGCCUCUCCCGAAAUGACAUCCAGUCCGAGAAGUGGUCCAUCAGCAAACACACUCAACUCAGCCCGACAGAUGCUUUUGGGACCAUUGAGUUCCAAGGAGGAGGCCAUUCCAACAAAGCCAUGUAUGUGCGGGUAUCUUUUGAUACAAAACCUGAUCUCCUCCUACACCUGAUGACCAAGGAAUGGCAGUUGGAGCUUCCCAAGCUUCUCAUUUCUGUCCAUGGAGGCCUGCAGAAUUUUGAACUUCAGCCCAAACUAAAGCAAGUGUUUGGAAAAGGGCUCAUCAAAGCAGCCAUGACAACUGGAGCAUGGAUAUUCACUGGAGGCGUUAACACAGGUGUUAUUCGUCAUGUUGGAGACGCCUUGAAAGACCAUGCAUCUAAGUCUCGAGGGAAGAUAUGUACCAUAGGUAUCGCCCCCUGGGGAAUCGUGGAAAACCAGGAGGACCUGAUUGGAAGAGAUGUUGUCCGGCCCUAUCAGACCAUGUCCAAUCCCAUGAGCAAGCUCACUGUCCUCAACAGCAUGCAUUCCCAUUUCAUUCUCGCUGACAACGGGACUACUGGAAAAUAUGGAGCAGAAGUGAAACUUCGGAGACAACUGGAAAAGCACAUCUCACUCCAGAAGAUAAAUACAAGAUGCCUGCCGUUUUUCUCUCUUGAUUCCCGCUUGUUUUAUUCAUUUUGGGGUAGUUGCCAAUUAGACCCAAUUGGAAUUGGUCAAGGCGUUCCAGUGGUGGCCCUCAUUGUUGAAGGAGGACCCAAUGUGAUCUCAAUUGUGUUGGAGUACCUUCGAGACACCCCUCCGGUGCCUGUUGUUGUCUGUGAUGGGAGUGGACGAGCAUCCGACAUCCUGGCCUUUGGGCAUAAAUAUUCAGAAGAAGGCGGGCUUAUAAAUGAAUCUUUGAGGGACCAGCUGUUGGUGACUAUACAGAAGACUUUCACAUACACUCGAACCCAAGCUCAGCACCUCUUCAUCAUCCUCAUGGAGUGCAUGAAGAAGAAAGAACUGAUUACAGUAUUUCGGAUGGGAUCAGAAGGACACCAGGACAUUGAUUUGGCGAUCCUGACAGCUUUACUCAAAGGAGCCAAUGCCUCGGCCCCAGAUCAACUGAGCUUAGCUUUAGCCUGGAACAGAGUCGACAUCGCUCGCAGCCAGAUCUUUAUUUAUGGGCAACAAUGGCCGGUGGGGUCUCUGGAACAAGCCAUGUUGGAUGCCCUAGUUCUGGACAGAGUGGAUUUUGUGAAAUUACUCAUAGAGAAUGGAGUAAGCAUGCACCGUUUUCUCACCAUCUCCAGACUAGAGGAAUUGUACAAUACGAGACAUGGGCCCUCAAAUACAUUGUACCACUUGGUCAGGGAUGUCAAAAAGCGAGAAUAUCCAGGUUUCGGUUGGAUCUAUUUUAAGGGGAACCUGCCUCCAGACUACAGAAUCAGCCUGAUUGACAUCGGCCUGGUGAUCGAGUACCUGAUGGGCGGUGCUUAUCGCUGCAACUACACGCGCAAGCGCUUUAGGACGCUCUACCACAAUCUCUUCGGCCCCAAGAGGCCCAAAGCCUUAAAACUGCUGGGAAUGGAGGAUGAUAUUCCCUUGAGGCGAGGAAGAAAGACAACUAAGAAGCGUGAGGAAGAGGUGGACAUUGACUUGGAUGACCCUGAGAUCAACCACUUCCCUUUCCCUUUCCAUGAGCUGAUGGUGUGGGCUGUUCUCAUGAAGCGACAGAAGAUGGCCCUGUUUUUCUGGCAGCAUGGGGAAGAGGCCAUGGCCAAGGCUCUGGUGGCUUGUAAACUCUGCAAGGCCAUGGCUCAUGAGGCCUCCGAGAAUGACAUGGUGGAUGACAUUUCUCAGGAGCUGAACCACAACUCCAGGGACUUUGGCCAGCUGGCAGUGGAGCUCUUGGACCAGUCCUACAAACAGGAUGAGCAGCUGGCCAUGAAACUGCUGACAUAUGAGUUGAAAAACUGGAGCAAUGCUACAUGCCUGCAGCUCGCUGUGGCCGCCAAGCACCGCGACUUCAUCGCACACACGUGUAGCCAGAUGCUGCUCACCGACAUGUGGAUGGGCCGGCUCCGCAUGCGCAAGAACUCAGGCCUCAAGGUAAUUCUGGGAAUUCUACUUCCUCCUUCAAUUCUCAGCUUGGAGUUCAAGAACAAAGACGACAUGCCCUACAUGUCUCAGGCCCAGGAAAUCCAUCUUCAAGAGAAGGAACAAGAAGAACCAGAGAAGCCCACAAAGGAAAAAGAUGAAGAGGACAUGGAACUGACAGCAAUGCUAGGACGAAACAACGGGGAGUCCUCCAGGAAAAAGGAUGAAGAGGAAGUUCAGAGCAGGCACCGGUUAAUCCCUCUGGGCAGAAAAAUCUAUGAAUUCUACAACGCACCCAUCGUGAAGUUCUGGUUCUACACUCUGGCAUAUAUCGGAUACCUGAUGCUCUUCAACUAUAUCGUGUUAGUGAAGAUGGAACGCUGGCCUUCCACCCAAGAAUGGAUCGUCAUUUCCUACAUUUUCACCCUGGGGAUAGAAAAGAUGAGAGAGAUUCUGAUGUCAGAGCCAGGGAAGCUGCUGCAGAAAGUGAAGGUGUGGCUGCAGGAGUACUGGAAUGUCACAGACCUCAUAGCCAUCCUUCUGUUCUCAGUCGGGAUGAUCCUUCGUCUCCAAGACCAGCCUUUCAGGAGUGAUGGGAGAGUCAUCUAUUGCGUGAACAUCAUUUAUUGGUAUAUCCGUCUACUAGACAUCUUCGGUGUGAACAAGUAUUUGGGGCCAUACGUAAUGAUGAUUGGAAAAAUGAUGAUUGACAUGAUGUACUUUGUCAUCAUUAUGCUGGUGGUACUGAUGAGCUUUGGAGUCGCCAGACAAGCCAUCCUCUUUCCCAAUGAGGAGCCAUCAUGGAAACUGGCCAAGAACAUCUUCUACAUGCCUUACUGGAUGAUUUAUGGGGAAGUGUUUGCAGACCAGAUAGACCCUCCCUGUGGACAGAAUGAAACCCGAGAAGAUGGUAAAAUAAUCCAGCUGCCUCCAUGCAAGACAGGAGCCUGGAUUGUGCCGGCCAUCAUGGCCUGCUACCUCCUCGUGGCCAACAUUCUGCUGGUCAACCUCCUCAUUGCCGUCUUUAACAAUACCUUUUUUGAGGUGAAAUCAAUAUCCAACCAAGUAUGGAAGUUCCAGAGGUAUCAGCUCAUCAUGACGUUCCAUGAAAGGCCGGUCCUGCCCCCGCCUCUCAUCAUUUUCAGCCACAUGACCAUGAUAUUCCAGCACCUGUGCUGCCGGUGGAGGAAACACGAGAGUGACCCGGAUGAAAGAGACUACGGCCUGAAACUCUUCAUAACUGAUGAUGAACUCAAGAAAGUACAUGACUUCGAAGAACAAUGCAUAGAGGAAUAUUUCAGGGAAAAGGAUGAUCGAUUCAACUCCUCCAAUGAUGAGAGGAUACGGGUGACAUCAGAAAGAGUGGAGAACAUGUCCAUGAGGCUGGAGGAAGUCAAUGAACGGGAGCACUCCAUGAAGGCUUCGCUCCAGACCGUGGACAUCCGGCUCGCACAGCUCGAGGACCUCAUCGGUCGCAUGGCCACUGCCCUGGAGCGUCUGACAGGUCUGGAGAGGGCCGAGUCCAACAAAAUCCGCUCUAGGACCUCCUCAGACUGCACGGAUGCAGCCUACAUCGUCCGCCAGAGCAGCUUCAACAGCCAGGAGGGGAACACCUUCAAACUCCAAGAGAGUAUAGACCCUGCAGGUGAGGAGACUAUGUCCCCAACUUCUCCAACCUUAAUGCCCCGUAUGCGAAGCCAUUCUUUCUAUUCAGUCAAUAUGAAAGACAAAGGUGGUAUAGAAAAGUUGGAAAGUAUUUUUAAAGAAAGGUCCCUGAGCCUACACCGGGCUACUAGUUCCCAUUCUGUAGCAAAAGAAUCCAAAGCUCCUGCAGCCCCUGCAAACACCUUGGCUGUGGUUCCUGAUUCCAGAAGACCUUCAUCGUGUAUAGACAUCUAUGUCUCUGCCAUGGAUGAGCUCCACUGUGAUAUCGACCCUCUGGAUAGUUCUAUAAACAUCCUUGGGCUGGGUGAGCCAAGCUUUUCAGCUCCAGUACCUUCCUCGGCCCCUUCAAGUAGUGCCUAUGCAACUCUUGCACCCACAGACAGACCUCCAAGCCGGAGCAUUGACUUUGAGGACAUCACCUCCGUAGACACUAGAUCUUUUUCUUCAGACUACACACACUUCCCAGAAUGCCAAAACCCCUGGGAUUCAGACCCACCAAUGUAUCACACCAUUGAGCGUUCCAAAAGUAGCCGCUACCUGGCCACCACACCCUUUCUUCUAGAAGAGGCCCCCAUUGCGAAAUCUCAUAGCUUUAUGUUUUCUCCUUCGAGGAGCUAUUAUGCCAACUUUGGGGUGCCCGUGAAAACAGCAGAAUAUACAAGUAUCACAGACUGUAUUGACACAAGGUGUGUCAAUGCCCCGCAAGCAAUUGCUGACAGGGCCACCUUCCCUGGAGGUCUUGGAGACAAAGCAGAAGACUUAUCUUGCUGCCACCCCGAGCGAGAAGCAGAACUGAGUCACCCCAGCUCUGACAGUGAGGAGAAUGAGGCCAAAAGCCAGAGAGCUACUACAGUGAUAGGCACCCAAGAGGGUGAUAACACAGACAAAGCCCUGUCCAACAACAUCACAGUUCCCAAGAUCGAGCGCGCCAACAGCUACUCUGCGGAGGAGCCCACCGCACCAUAUGCACACACCAGGAAGAGCUUCUCCAUCAGUGACAAACUCGACAGGCAACGAAACACAGCAAGCCUGAGAAAUCCCUUCCAGAGGAGUAAGUCCUCCAAGCCAGAGGGCCGAGGGGACAGCCUGUCCAUGAGGAGACUGUCCAGAACAUCGGCUUUUCACAGCUUUGAAAGCAAGCACAACUAAACCUUCUUCACAUGCAUUGCAGGAGGCUCGAAAUCCCACCCUAAAAUUCUCCCAACUCUGCCUUUUCCUCCUUUCUUGAAUCAUACCCGCUUUCUUCUUAGCUGAGCAAAACAAGCAAUGCUUUGGGAGGUAUUAACUCAAAGGUGACUUCUGGGCUGCAGAUCAAGAAAGCAUUUGAUCUGGCCCAGUGCCAAACACAGGGGAUUUAAGGCAUGUUCACACUUGCUGGGAAGGGAGGGGAAAAGAGGGGCAGAAGAAGGGUUAGAGAUGAAUGUGUAUCUUCAGUCACAGCAGAAAGUCAUGAGAAGUGGGGAACCAAGGGGCUUCAAGCACUCUCCAUGCCAGGAGGCUUCUUUGAUUUCUGACCAUUACCAGGAGUUUUAGGAUGCAGGGCUAAGUUGCAAAAUAAAAUGAAGUAGCCAACCUACAAAAUGAGAUAUUCUAAACUUCCAUUCUGUUUUCUUUUCACAUUGGCUCCAUCACUGAUGACUGAUGAAGAGCAUCCUUUUUAUUCAGUGUAAGCCGGCAGCAAGCAGUUCUACCUAACGUCCCACAUCCUUCUCAUGCCAACACUUCUGUAAUUGAUCAUUAUAAAGAAAAACAAGGUAACAGUCCUAGUUCACCUGUCUCUUAUAUAUUCACUUCUGGUGCCACAACUGUUUAUCUUUUUUGAAGACAAUAAGGGAACAGAAAUGCCUUUUUUUGUAUUGCAAUCCCAAUGAAAGAAGAGUUGAUGUUAAAAACAAAAGUGAAGUGGUUGAUUGUAAACAGCGGGCAUUCGAGUAGCGUUGAGCAAGCUCAGGACGAAUGUAAUUAAAUAAUUUUAUAUUUUUAAUUUAUUUUGUAUCUCACCUGUCAUCAAUGAAUUCACUCACGGAAUAUGUAAGAGAGAACUCAAAGAGAUUAAAAAAUAAAAAGACAAGCAAACAAAAAAACAACAACAGUGGGCAGAACCAACCUAAAAUUGCCAUAUGGGAUAUUGUUAUGUGCUCCCCCUUCAUAUCCUGUGUUAUGCUGCUGUGUGAUCUUCAUCGUUUGCAUGAUUCCACCAUGUCCUCUGAACACCUCCAAGAUGUAACUGCCAAUUUUUUACACCACUCAUCACAUAAGCAUUUUCUAUAUGAAUAUAUGGUUAUAUGUGGAUAUUUUCAUACCUAGAGUUUUGCCAUCUAAUCUGAGCUCAGCAUAAAUUUAAUUGCAGUUUUUCAAGGGCUGGUAUCUUUUUUAUGGAAAUGUCCCAAAGUACUUUUUAAGGAAGUUUAAAAACCAUAAAUAACCUUAAAACUGACUGGGAGUUUGGUAUCAACCCAAAGCCAUCAGUUGCAGGCAUACCAUGAAUAUUUUUCUUAUAGACAGAGUUCUUUUAAAAAAAAUAAAAAUAGAUACAGUAGACCAAAAUAGAAAGCAAAUAAACCAUAUACAGAGUUCUAUAGUAUAUGCUGCUUAUAUACAUAUAUAUGCAUUCACACAGAGACAUAUGUUUAUAUAUAGUAUAUAAACAGUCAUAUAGAGCUUUCUUAAGAGGCUUGGACUUUUCUAUCACCUUGAGGUAUAACCGAGCUUUUUUAACAUCCAAGAAAUUCUACUGAAAAUUCAACAUGUUAUUAGACCAAACGUUGAAAUGAUAAUUUUGUACAUCCCUGUGACCUUAACUCUUUCCUCAUACCAAACCAGAGUUGUCAAAAUGACUCACUAACUGCCCUUUGCCCCUUCUGUCCAAGAGCACUUGCUAUUAUAAUAUCUCACUUAUUCUGGUUUCUUCUGCAAAACACUAGCACGCCAAGUACAAUCUGAACAGACAUGCAACUCCAAACCAGUUUUAUUACAGACUCUAGAAUACAGAUAGACAUAAACUUCUAGAUCAAAUUCUGGAUUUGAAAUGGAAUUAAAAUUUUAAAAAUCACAACCCUAAACUGUCAGAUUCCUCCUUGAAUCACUGAUGUAUAAAAGUGAAUAAAGCCUUUAAGGAAAAUGACUUAAUGUUCCUGGUCCUAAAGACUACCUGGCUCUUUUGUUUAGUUAUAGGUGUAAACACCAAGUUUUAUUUCAUUUUGUGAAGUCGAUUGAAUACAUGGACAAAACCUCUAGUCUCUAUUAAAAAAAAAAUUGGAAGAAAGAAAGGAACUGUCUGUGUAAGCUUUUUCUUUUUUCUUUUUCUUUUUUUUGGUACAAGCUUUUCAAGGUAUAGAAAGACUGAUGAGAUCAUGUAUAUAAAGAAUUAAGGAAUUCCUUCUUCACUGCUUCGUAUUUAGGUCAAUCAGUAACAAACAUCCAGACUCCUUCAUUUAUAAUUACUCUAGAAACACUUGCCUUUUAUUGGGCCUCACAUGGCCUCCUUCCCUCUCAGCAAACGUGUUCAGUCUAAGCAUUAAUCGGUUGUCCUGAAACUUCUUGAGUCAUGAAUCCCUCAGGGGAUCUGAUGAAAACUCUGGGCCCUCUCCCCAGCAGGGGAAAAAAAUGUACAUACAUGUAUGUGAAGUUGCAAUAUAACCUUAAAGAGUUUAUGACCCCUGGUUCCACAUUGAUUAGUAAUGAGGAAAAGGACCAUGUUUGUUCAUAAUCAAUACAGUUGUAAGAGGCACUUUACAUUUGAGACCAUUUCUCUGUGAUUCUCAGGAAGGCCAAGUCUCAGCACUAGAAUUUGAACCAAGAUUUUCUUCUUUUUGUUCUUUAGAUUAGGUGUUGCUAGUUCGAUGCACUUAUACCUUAACAUUUGAUGAUUUUCAAGUAGCAAGCACACUCACAAAGCUCUCUUUCCGUAAGAGAGUCUGUAGAGAAAUUCAGGAAGGAGAUGAAACCAUUAUUCUUUGACCAUAGAGCAGGACAUCAAGCACUUCCAGGCCCUCAUUCAGGACCAGACUGGAAGUAGAGGAAAGAAAUUAUGAACACAAGCAUUCCCUUCCGUCGUGAUUUCAGGAGAGAAAACAACAGGACCUGGGAAACUGCACAUGUAAAAGUCCUGAUCUUGUGCCUGGUUCUUUUGUUGUGCAUAAAAAUUAUGCUCUAACAUCUUUUGUGAAGUAUGUGAAAUAUACAAGCCAAAUUGAAAUGAUUUUAGACACAAACUUUAUAAACUUCAUGAGCCAUUUCUCUCCUGUGCACAUAUGUGUGUGUGUGCUUUUUCAAUCCAUUCCUUUCCAUUUCCGGGUUCUCUGUGCACCGAUGUGGCAUUGAUUCUGUGGCCUUGUACAGUCAGUUUGUGCUCAGCUCAUUUAUUCCACCCUGUCCCUGAUCUAGGGGAUGUUAAUUACCUGUCUCUGUGAAUUAAGCAGCUCACGGGCAGCGAGUUAUUGAGAACCGUAAAUAAAGUCAUAGAGAGCUCAAGGAAGUAAUAGCUUCAGUUUAAUCAUCAGCUUCAAAGGUGCCAAUUUUUAUAUACUGCCAUGUGUAAUGAUUUGUUCUAAAUUGCUUGUUCCAUUUGAAAAAAAAAAUUAAGGAUGUUUUAUGAAAAUGACCAUGGACGUCUCCUGAUUAACCAACAGAUUUUAUAUUUAUAGUUAGGAACUCCCUCCUUGAUGGAUUUGCACGAGGAGCUGAAAAGCUUGGGUAUAAUUGUCUUGGCUAGUUUGUGUAUUUCUGCAAGCCAAAAGGUGUAUCUGUAGUCACAAUGCAGCACUUUACAGAACUGGAUUUUUUUUUCAAAGUCUAAGCUUCCAGGUUUAGAAUAUUAUUUAGCAUUUUGAAAUGUCCCCAUUGAAAAUAUAUGUGUAAGAAUAAUCAAACGAGAAAAAUGUGCUCAUAAAAACACACGAUGUGUUUCUUCUGAAUGUUCCAAUGUAUUUUAAAAUAUGGUUUAUAUAGAUAAUAUUAUGGUCGAUACCUGGAUAGUACUUUUUUUUUCUUUUUCUUUCUGAGGCUGUACAGUCUAACCUUUCUGAAUGUUUGGGCUGUUUAACUUCUACUAUUCAGUCGUUCAUGAUGCUCGAUCUAUGGGCUUUACCAUUCAAUAUGUUGGGCAAUGCUGUAUUAUAAAACACACGUAAACAUGUAUGUAACCCGCGUUUAACCCAGCAUAGUUGUAGCAUGUGGUUGUAUUAAUGAACGUUACAGGACAGCUUUAUAAUCAAUGAUACAUCUGUAACAUUCAAUAAAGAAGCACAUGUUGCCAGGAUGAA